AUGGACGAUUAUAUGUUCCGGACCUAUGUGGAGGACUGCAGAUGUGUCCAGGAAGCGACGAGCUAUUUGGAAAUCCUGAAUUACUCGGAUCCCUCACACAAUAGUAUUGAGGAGCACCGGUUUAGCUUGGACGAGCUACCAGAUGAGUUUGGCAACUUCCUGCACCGCCGAGGUGCUUUUGCACCGCCCAAGGUGCCUCCAGAGGUGAAGCUGGUCAGCGGUAUUCGCUUAGUACUCCAGUUAAAUGCGAAGCAUCCAGAGACCUUCUCUCCCCGCUAUAUCUCCUUCUCGCACAAGGAGUACGACGAAAUGGUCCGCACCCUCCGUCUCCCUUUCCGAGCCAUCGAGGGAACCAGUGUCGUGGCCCCUUUCUUCUGGUGCGCCUUUGACCAGGACGACGAUGACCCUCACCUGCAAAUCAUCUUCCGCAAGUCGGACGUGCGCAAAAGGGGGAUGACGCGGGGCUGGGAGCUCAUGCUAUCGCACUCGUUUCGCACCGGCAUCACGACGGGCUUUGCUAAGGGCACCCCGUCGUCCGAGAUGGGGGAGAGCAUCAAGCACCUGAGGGCCUGCGCGGGUCAGGUCAUGCACCCAAUGCUGUUGCCCAUCAUCAUCCUCAGCCACGAGCUGUCGUACAAGAACGACCAGAAGCAGCGCGAAGCCCGCGAGUGGCUCCGCCUGCUCGAGCACGCUGUCAGCAUGCGCAAUGAAGUACUGGAGGAGGAGAGUCGCUACAUCAAGGAAUCCAUGGUUGAUCUCGACCAGAUCAAUCGCGACCUCGUCGAGUGCCACUCGCAAGUGCUCUGGAAGCGGCCGCAAGCCUACAUGGAAAUCAUCGCAGGCAUGAACAGGGCCAUGGACAAGUUCUGGUCCAUGGCCCGCGAUAACCCAUCCUACGGUGGCAGCGGGGGUGAGGUGGACAAGCUUCACCGCAACAUGCUUGGCCGUCUCGACUUUUACCAAGCUAAGUUGAAGGGCAUUGAGAAUUAUUCGCACAUCACUCUGGAGCGGCUGUCAAUUCAGAGAGCAGCUCUCUACAACAUCAUUGCCCAAAAAGAGUCCAAGCUCGGGCUGCAAAUGGCCGGUGAACAGCGUCGGCUGGCACAUGCCGCCAAGCGCGACAGCACAUCGAUGAAGAUGAUCUCGCUUCUCGGUGCCAUCUUCUUGCCGGCCACCUACCUGGCCUCAGUGUUUAGCAUGACGUUCUUCGACUUUCGGACCGAUGGUGGCGGCCGCAGGGGCGACGGCGGCAGCAGCACAACCGAUGCUGACGGAGACUUGCAGUCGACGCCGCAGUCACCCGUGGCGCCCGAGCUGUGGAUCUACUUUGCUAUCACGGUCCCCAUGACCGUAAUCAUCGUGCUGAUCUGGCGGUGGUGGGACAGGCGCCGUGACAAGCGCUACUCCAAGGAGGACGCCGACAUCGAGGAAGGCAUCGAGAAGAUGGAGGCUCGCAUCAUGGCCACGAUGCGCCAGCGGACCAUGAGCAAGGUGCGGACAUGGGACGUUGCGAAAUCGUGA